AUGAAGUCUUUCACAAUCGUCCUAGCCUGUGCUGUCUUGGCAGUGUUCUUCGUAAGAAGCAGCGAUGCCGUCGCCUGUUCAACAACUGUCACCACCGAUUGCACGGACUGUUCAGAGACUGCUAAUGCCGACGAACCUGAUUGUACCACAACAACAACAACCACAACUGAGGCAUCCGUUACCCUGAAGCCCUCUCGCCGCAUGGUUGUCAGCGUUUCCAAUCUGAAAUAUACGAAUGUGAGACGUAUUCGUGUGAACCGCAAUGGAUCUAGCUCCAGCAGCAGCUCAAGCUCUGGAACUUCAAGCAGCUCUCGCAACAGCCGCAGGACCAACAAUCGCUCAAGUCGCCGUGGCCGCAAUGUUCGCGUUCUCAGGGGGAGCAGCGAUGCAGUCGCCUGUACAACAACUAUCACCACCAAUUGUACGGAUUGCACAUUAACUGCCAACGCUGAUGCAGCUGAUUGUACCACAACAACAACGACCACAACUGAGGCAACCGUUACUCUGAGACCCUCUCGCCGCAUGAUUGUCAGCGUCUCCAAUCUGAAAUACACAAAUGUGAGACGCAUUCGUGUGAAUGGAUCUGGAUCUAGCAGCAGCUCCAGCUCUACUUCAAGCACACGCAACAGCCGCAAUUCCAGAAGAAACCGCAGCAACAAUGUUCGCGUUGUUCGGGGUUAA